GUUUCUGUCGGCAAAAGGGGUCUGGGGAUAAAAAAAAGGCAAACCGAGCGCAAAGAGAGAGAGGGAGGGAGGGCUGACCGAAUAAAUAACAGGCCGGAAUGGGGAUCUCAGCACAGGCCCGCAUUUCUGCCUUGUGAAUAAAAAGACGUCGAGACGCGCGACAGUCAUUGUGUAGAAAGGGCAGUUUAAACGUCAUAUGAAAUACACGGCCAUGUGCUGUAUGUGAUGCCGUAACACUUCAGCAUCUCGGGCAGCGAUCGCUCGCCAAUUAGCCAGGAGCCGCGGGGGAAGGUCUGCUCCUCUGAGGCCUCGUUAUACAGAAGGUGCGGGUGGAGUCGGACCCUCUGCCCCAUCUUGGAACCCCCUCCUCCCCAUGGAAUGCUAGGAGUCGGUGCCAACGUCCCGCGUGUGGCAUCUCCGGAGCCCCGCCAGGAUGAAGAGCGACAUACCGCCCAGCGCGAUGCGCCAAUGUGACCCUGUGAAGGGGGCGCUGGUCGGCCCGGAGCCUGUGGAGUCCAAAAAUUUUGUGGGGGACGUGGAGCUUGUGGCCAAGGCAGGCAGCGAGCUGGCACCACUGUGUACUGACUCCCAGCAGGAAGCAGCCAAGGCAGACCCAGGCAGGGGCCUUGGCGGGCGUAAGAAGCGCAGGGGCCAGCAAGCGGGCCCUUCGGACUGCGUGCCCGUUGAGGGUCAGAGUGAGGAGGAGCGCCCCCUGGAGUCCUCCCUCAGCGACUGCGUGUCGUCCCCUUCGUCCAGCCCACGUUUCAGGGACUCGGACACGCUCAGCUCUGAGGAUGAGGAGGGCCUCGGGGCGCCAUGGGCAGGACCGAGGGCUGAGAAUCGCCGUCAGCCGCAGCAGUCAAAGGCACCGUCAGCAGGGGGCACUGGCGGGCCGCGUGCCAUUUUGGGACGGACACGGGGCAGCAGGAACCACCGAUGGCCGCAGCCAGAGGCGGAGGCCGUGCUCCUGAAGCGGCCCUGCCUGACCCACCGAAAGCAUGUGGCGAAGGGGGCAGUGGCCUCAGGGGUAGGCGGGGUCAGCCCACGGACUCCCCGACAAAAAGAGCGCCUGCUAUUACAGCGCAGGAAGCGGGAGGUGAUCGCCCGCCGGAAGUAUGCCCUACUGCACAGCAGCAGCAGCAGCAGCAGCAGCAGUAGCAGCUCGAGCGAGGAGCUGACUAGCGACGACUCUUCCUCAUCCUCGCCGUCCUUCACCGGGCCGGAGGACGAGCUCUACGUGGAUGUCAGCAGCAGCAGCAGCAGCAGCCAGGCUGAUGGUGCCGUCUUGGCUGCAGGCCCGCUGGACGAAGACGUGGUGGUGAUCGAGGCCAAUUCUACCCAACUGGUCCAGCCCAGCGAGGAGAUCAACGUCACAUCCACAGACAGCGAGGUGGAGAUUGUCACCGUGGGAGACAGCUACAGGCCCCGCCCCUCAGGUGGCCAUGGCAGAAUGCAGUGGGGCCCCAGCUGUUCACAGGGCCGCACACUGGAGCACCGCAGCCGGCACCGCAACUCCACCGUCAUCCAGCCGCUGCGGCAGAGUGCCGGCGAGGUGGUGGACCUCACCGUGGAUGAGGAUGACCCCUCCAUGGCGGCGGCGUCCUCCGGCUCCAGCUCCCAUCCUAUGAGGUCGUCUUCCUCCUUUCUCAGUGCCUCUACCUCAGACCCCCCCCAUGACGGCCCUGGGCCCUCGUGCCGCGUCGCUGGCUUCGCCGCUUUGCCCCAGAGCACUCUGGGAACACAAGGCCAUGGCAGUGACAUAGCUGUACCCUCCGCACUGGAUGACGGCAGGCGAGGCUCAUUGGCUGUACCUGGGGAGGCGGGUGGCUCAGCAAUGCCCCGCCUCCCCUCCUGCUGCCCCCAGCACUCCCCUUGUGGAGGUGCUGCCCCAGGACACCUCCCCCUGGACCACGCCCACUCCAGCUGCCAGCAAGGACCGCCCCCUCCCCAGCAUAGUCACUCCCACCACCCACAUCACCACCACCAUCACCAUGUGGCGUCUCCCCCGCAGCCACCGAUGGCCUUCCCCGAGCCCAGCUGCCCCCUGGAGCGGCCUGUGGGGGUGCUCGGGAGCUGUCCAGCAGCAGGUGGCGCCACCAGCCAGUGCCAUGACCAGACCCUGCCUGUGGACCUGAGCAGUGGUGCACUGCGGGGAUCAGUGGCCACUGGCCCCCCCGGCACCAGCUUCCACGCCGCCUCGGCCUUUGACCCCUGCUGUCCCGGCUCUUCCACGCGACCCCCCCUCUACACCUCGCAGGCCGCUCCACCCGCUGGCGCCAGCCAGCCCAGCGCCAUGGACACCUUCAGCUCCGGCAUGGUGGCCCCCGCCCAGCUGUCGUCAUGCCGGCAGUAUGUCAACCCCCCCUAUGGCCCCCUGACUCGCCUGCUGCACCACCAAACCAUGUCGUCCUGCCCCCACUCUCACAGCAACGCCCCUCCCGCAGCCCAGGUGGACUACGUCAUCCCCCACCCCGUGCACCCCUUCCACGCACCCCUGCCCCCCCACUCCCACGGGCACACCAUGCCCCCAGUGCCGCCGCCUUCUCUGCCCGCUGAGGCCCCGCUCGGCUCCUCCGUCCAGAGGCUGCACCAGCAUGAAGUGUUCCAGCGCAUGGAGGUCCAGAGGCGGAGGAUGAUGCAGCACCCCACGCGCGCCCACGAGCGACCCCCACCACAUCCCCACAGGAUGCACCCCAACUACGGGCAUGGCCACCACAUCCACGUGCCGCAGACCAUGUCCUCACACCCGCGCCAGCCGGAGCAGAGGGCCGCCUGGGACCUGGGGAUUGAUGCCAGUGUCACUGUGACCCCUUACCCUCCGGGGCACCUGCCCCCCCCUCUGCCCCAUUACCACCCGCCCCCCCGGCUGCAUCACUUCCCGCUGCCCUUCAUGCACGCCGGCAUGCCUGACGUGAGCUACCCACACAUCCGUUACAUCUCGUCCAGGAUGCCGGGCUUUGGACGGACAUAUGAGGAUCUGCUGCACCUGGAGGAGCGACUGGGCACUGUGAACCGCGGUGCGUCUCAGGGAACCAUAGAGAGAUGCACUUACCCGCACAAGUACAAGAAGAGAAAACUGCACAGCAAGCAGGAUGAUGAUGAGGGGAUGGAGGAAGAUACGGAGGAGAAAUGCACCAUCUGUCUCUCCGUGCUGGAGGAGGGAGAAGACGUCAGACGCCUUCCCUGCAUGCACCUGUUCCACCAGCUGUGCGUGGACCAGUGGCUGCUCACCAACAAGAAGUGCCCCAUCUGCAGGGUGGACAUCGAGGCCCAGCUGUCCGCGGAGAGCUGAUGUCAUCCCCCUUUCCUUUCCGCUUGACUUUAGUCGUCCGUUCAUCCCUCGUUUUCUUGUCAGCACUGCAGUGAACCAAAGAUGUCAGGAAGUACCCAUGGCGUUCCGGAAACGGAGUCCGAAUUAUAGAGGAUAAAUGAGCAUCGAACUUAGUGCCAACUGUCACAUGACACCAGUACUGCUCGGAAUGACGUCCUUAGUAAAGAUUUGAAAUCGAAAUUGAAAUGUAUUUAUAAGGUCUUGUUUUGUAGCGUUCCUUUCCCCCCCAGUGUCAAUUUUGUGUGUGUGUGUGUUUUUUUUUUUUGCAUGGCUAUGUGUUACGCAUUUCUUUGCACAUGUGGUGAAUUCGGCUCCUCCAGGCCUGAACUGGCAGGCAGGGGGCGCUGCUCUAUGUAACGGUGCAUUGCGAUGCACAUGGAGCGAAUGACAGCUCAGCGUCUGUCUCAACACUGCAGGUAUCAUUGAUCAGUGAUUGUUAUUUUGUUCGGUUUCUGUGUGUGUGUCAUAUACCAUGUGAGUGCGGGGUGCAGGGCGGGGUUCAGAGGAAAUAAACAAAUUGACAUUCCUUGA